AAAUGUUUCAAUCAUCAUCGAUUACAUUGAAAAAUUUGAUCGAUAAUUUUUGCUUCAAAUGGGAAACAAAUGAAACAAUUUGGCCAUUAGCAGAUAGUAGAAUUUUUCAGGAAUUUUCGAAUCGAAUACCACGAUCAUUAUGGAGCUUAAGUUCAACUAUAUUCGAUUCGAACAUAUUGAAUGAAGAAAGAUUUAUUGACCGAAAUACAACGUGUAAUCUUCGUGCAGGAUUAUUUCCCGAAGAGCUUCAAAUAAUAAAUAACCAAACGUAUGUUUGUACAACAUAUUAUGAAAUCUAUAUGAUUUUGUUGAAUUAUUAUCGAUGUAGGCAAGUAAAAAAAUAAAAUAAAAUUGAUACUUCUGUUUCUCUAUAAAGGAGCAAUAAAAAAACAAUAUUGAAUUUUUUUUUUGUUUUCAAAUUCAUUUCUUAUUAUUAUUAUUUUCAUUUAAACAGUAUUAAGUUUAUCGCAUCGAAUGCUACUUUUGGAGGAUAUCUACUUGUAAAUGGUUCCUGGAAUGGCAUACUCAAAAUGAUUGCGGAAAAAGAAAUUGAUUUUCUACCACAUCAAUUCUCACGUAAUGAUAAACGUGAUACAAUAUUGGAUACAGAAUUCAUUAUACCACAAGAACAUCUGGUCACAAUAUUAAGCCAUAAACAACAUUUACAUAAUGAUGAUCCAUUCAAAUUAUUCACAGUAUUCUCUCGAGAGAUAUGGCUUUUAAUUCUAAUUAGUUUCAUAUUAUUUUCAUUGAUUACAAAUAUAGCAGAUAGAAUUAUAACGAAUGAUCAUUAUUCUAUCAAUGAAUAUAAAUAUAGCAGUAAUCAUCAAGAUACUCAAUCUUCAAAUAACAUCAUGAAUAAUAGAAUUCAUUUGGAUUUUUUUCGAUUAUUACAUAAUGUUUGUGAUAUAUUCACAUUGUUUAUGGGGCAAGGUUCACAAAAAUCACAUUCGAUACUAUCGAUAUUAUCAAAACAAAAACAACGACAGCAAUUACCCGGAAAAUUUGCCAUCCAAACAUUGCAAAAACCAUUAAUAUUAUGGAUCAUCUGUUCGUUAAUGAUACGAACAUUAUUUUCAUCAGACAUAUUAGCUGUAUUCGUUUCCGACAAGGAAAAAGUUAUCGAUAGUUUCGAUGAAUUUGAACAAUUAUAAAUGAACAAUAAUGAAUAUCGAAUUUUUAUGGAUGCUGAAUCGACAACUGGAAAGAAUUUUUUACUUAAAUAUUCUCAUCUUAAUAAAUCUAUUAUACAAAUAAACAUUCAUCAAUUAACAUCAUGGGAAAUUAUUGAUAAAAUAGUCAAUGGACCAUAUUUUCUUAUAAUGGGACGUGCACGUGCGGAAUUAUUAGUAAAAACAUAUAAAAAUUAUGAUCUACACGUAUCACGUGAAGGUUUUCAAUACACGUUGGGUAAUAUGGCCAUACGAAGAAAUUUACGUGAGCCUGAAAAGACGAAAUUGUCACAUUUAUCUAGAAUCAUUAUAAGAAAUGGUUUAUUGACAUCGAUUUGGGAGAAAUUGAUUCAUUUUAAUUGGCUUAAAUUAUAUCUAAAACAUUAUCAAUAUAGAUUAGAACAACAAAUUGAUGAUGAAAUGCAUGAAAUUUAUGAUCCAACAAAAACAAUCGAUUAUAAUGAAUCAAUACAAAAACAAUCGAUAAUCACUCGAGAUAUGCUUUCAUUCACCUAUAUUUAUUUGAUUGUUGUCGGGAAUGUAUUUAUCAUUUUUAUUCUAGAAUUAUUAUUAUAUCAUUUGGAUUUGGCAAGAAUUUCAAGUAAACAAACAUGA